AUGCCGUCCGGUCGCGUCGCAGACUCCGCCCCGUUCGUCGCUGAGUUUGACGCCCAGGGCGCCUUUCUCAACGUACGCGACUUUCCGGGCUUCGGUCACCGCGUCGCCGCCCUCGUCUGCCACCGCGUCGCGAACAAGAGCGUGCUCGUACUCGUCACCACCGCGGACAAGGCCAGCCACGUGUACGACGCCGUCGACAGUCCCCCGCAGAAGGCCGGCCUUGUCCUCGCACUGCUCGAUGUCGCCUCGCUUAACGCCCAGCUCGUCCGCCCGCUGUCCACUGGCGACCGACUCGUUGCAGACGUCUUCUGGGACUUUGCCCACGUACACGCCGAGGAUAGCUUGUUCCUUGUCGUCAAGAGGCAGACCGUUACUAACUGGGUCCACACCUUUGUUCCCACCGUCUUCAAGAUCGACGUCGCGUCGCUGCGCCCGGUGGCCGAGCCGCGCGCCCUGCCCAACGAUUUACAGAACCACGUCGCCCUGUACCCGGACGAGAAGGGCAUCUUCCUGGCCUACGUGUCGCGCGUUCUUAAUCGGGAGGGCAUUGUCGUGCGGAGGCUCGCCACCAACUUGACCGACUUGAACUGGGAUGCCGCGGAGACCCCCGUCUUUCGCCGCCCAAUCGAGAUGGACGCCCAGUACACGCGCAGCAUCCGCUCGGACGUCGCCGACAUGCUCGUCGCGGAGCAGGGCCAGGUCCACGUCCUUCUGCACACGGCCGAGAUCAUCGACCCAAAUCAAACGGACACCAACGACCACCGCAAGCUGUCGAACGGCCGCCCCGCCCUCCUUGUCCUCACAAACGCCCAGGCCGUCGCAAACAUCUCGCAGAGCGUCACCAACAACCAGUGGCAGCCGCACGCCAUGGCCGUCGACACCAACCGCUUCUACAUCGUAGGCGAGCACCGCGGCCUCAUUGGCUCGGACCCGGACGCCGCGCCGAGCAUGCUCCUCACCAGCGUCGAGAGGCCCGCCCUCCCCACCCCGUCCCCGUCCCCGUCGCCGGGCGCGAACGACGGCGUCGCGCCCGACCCCGCCAAGGGAUCCGGGAGUGGCGCGUCCGACGGGCCGGGAGCGGCUUCCAACGAGACGUGCGUCGGCGCUUCCACCGCGAUUGGCGGCCGCGCGUUCAAGAAACUGCUUGAAGAAGAUGCGCGCUUGCGCUUGCAGCGCCACCCGUUGUUCGAGCUGCGUGCAUGGCUAGGGCUCGCGCCAGUGACGGUCCCGAUGCUGUGCCUAUCGUGGCGCAACGCUACCGAGUCGGAGAGCGGCACGUUGUGCGCGACGGCCGGUCACGUCCUGCGCUGGCACGGCAAGCCCGUGUUCAUGCACGAGCUCUGUCGCGCGGUGGGCCACUGUCGCCAACGUCAAGAUGAGCCGCUCAACUUUAAGGGCGCGUGCGGCGUGGACGUCGUGGCGCACAAGUUUCUGGCGGUUACUAUGCACGCUUCGAGGGGACAAGGCGUGGAUGCGCGCGAGGUCGUGAGGGAUGAGUGCGCGCAAAUGCAGAAGACGCCGUUGAGGUGGCUCGUUUCCACUCUGUAG